GCUAAAACGUUGCUUUAGGUCGUCGCCAUCAUUUUGUUCCUGUGCAUAACAGGAAGUGUUCGUUCCCACCCCGGAAGUAAACGUUCGGACCGGCGAGUGUUUUUUUAUUUUUUUUGUUCUCGCUGUAAGACUACACUUUCUUUUUUAUUAUGGCCUCUAAAGGAAAUAUAGACUGGUGCGACGGUGAAAAGAAUGAAAUUUGUCAGAAGACCGAGACUUUACUAAAGAAUCUACACGUUGGUCUCCCUGAUCCACUCACGGAUCCUGUGAAAUGCUCCCUGGUUAAAGGAGACUAUCUCUACUUUCACUAUGCCUGUGAUGGACACGAUGACAGAGGCUGGGGCUGUGGAUACCGAACCAUGCAAACAAUGGCUUCGUGGGUUUACUUUAACAGGUCCCCAGUUAAAACCCAUAACAGAAUUGCCCCAAGCCUCCUAGAGAUCCAGCAAGCCUUGGUGACAAUGGAGGACAAGCCAGGUUCCUUCUCAGGCUCCAGGGAGUGGGUAGGAGCAUUUGAAGCCUCCCUGGUGCUGGACUACUUCUGUGAUGUUCCCUGUAAGGUGGUGCACGUUAGAGGUGGAGGAGCAGAGCUGGAGCAGGUUGCAGUGGAGGAGCUACACCAGCACUUUGAAAAGCACGGUUCUCCUGUAAUGAUGGGAGGAGACAGGGACAAUUCCUCUAAGGGUAUAUUAGGGGUUUGUACUGGGGACAAGGGGAGCUACUUACUUGUUGUUGAUCCUCACUACUAUGGGAGACAACAGGAGAAGACAGAGCUGCAGAGGAGAGGGUGGGUGUCAUGGAAACGAAUCUCAUCUCUGGAUCAGUCCUCAUUUUAUAACCUCUGUAUGCCUCAGACUGCUACAAAGACAACAUAAGAUCUCUGUUGCAAAUGUCUUAGUAUGAAAAAAUCUCCGACAUCGUUCCCAUCUGCAGGAUGUAUUCAUGUGAGCUGUUGUGCCAUCUAAUGGAUGAAGUGUGAAAGUAUCUGGUAGAAGUCUGGCCAUGGAUCCAAUAAAUUCCUGACAUACAUCCAC